ACUUUAGUAUUUCAUGUGACUGUAUUAAAGGCGCAAUUUUGGUUGCGUGCUGCGAGUAUCGUCGUUUCCAUUAGGGUUCUGUCAACAUGGAAGAGGAUUCAGAGUAUAAUAAAGUUGAAAAUGCAGUUGGCUGUCACGUAGAAGAUGCUGUAACUUUUUGGGCACAGAACAUUAAUAAGUCUCAGGAAAUUUUAAAGAUUAGUUCUGGUCUGGCUGAAAUCUGUCCUCAAGCUGCCCCAGUUUUUGGCAAUCCUGAUUUUAAUAAGAUAUAUGGAGGUUGCUUUUCUGAAGAUAAAUGCUGGUACAGAUGUAAAGUAGUCAAAGUUAUCAAUAAUGAAAAAUGCCGAGUAUUAUACAUUGACUAUGGGAACUCUGAGGUCCUCAGAAGAUCAGAAAUAGUUGAGAUCUCUGAAAACUUGCAAUUUCCUGGUGUGGCAACAAAGUAUAAAUUGUGGGGAUUACAGAUAUCAGCUAAUAUAGAUUUAAAUCAAUUUGAUCGGGGGAGGCUAUUUCUGAAUAGUUUGGUGUUUGAAAAAGAAAUGAAGAUAACACAUAAAAUUGUGUAUCGGGACGGUACCAUUGUUGCCCGGGCAGAAUGUGGUUUACUGGAUGUUGGGGAAGAAAUGGUUAAGAAAGGCUUUGUUGAACUUCGGACAUCUCCCAUAAAAAAUAAAUCAUUGAAUGCAAAAAUGGAUUUCUUUUUGCAUAAGAAUGUUAAAUCAUCAACUCCAAGAUGGAAAAUGAACAGUAAAAUGACAGAAAGUUUUGGUGAUAUGUUUCUGAGUGAAAAAAAUGAGAAUAGUUCUUUAGAUUAUACAAUCCAAGGGAUGUCAGAUGUUACCCUGGACAAGAUAAUAGCGGGUCAGAAGUUGAUUGAGGAGAUUGAGAAACAAAAAGAAGAAAUCCAUAGUCUUUCCCAUCAGUGUGAAAUGCUGGAAUCAAUGCUGGAAUCAACAAAACAUAAACUUGGUUCUGAUCUUGAGAAAGAGAAGAAAGCUUGCAAGGAAAGCCUUGAUUGUAUGGAAAAUAGGCUGCUCACUUAUGUAGGAACUACGAUGAAAAAAUUGGCUAUUAGCUUCGAAAAAUUAAAAGAAAUGAGGCAAAAUCACACAAGUGCUAAUAUUGGGGAAGAACUUUUAGAAGCUGCAGAUAGAGUUACCAAAGAGAAACUUGUGAUGCCACAGUCCAUGGAAGUGCUGAAAAAGAUAUGGGAAAUUUAUAAUAUUUACCAGCAAAAAAUACGCCUUUGCAAAGAUGCGGAUGAAAUACAAAGCUUGAUUCUCCAGAGGAAUGAAUUGCAACAUAAAUUGUACAAAGCUGUAGAAGAAUUCAUUGUGGAAGUGGAUGAUCUUCCUCUUUUUGAGCGCUUAGAAACAUUGAAGAAGUUGCAAGGAUCUUUGGAGGUUGCAUAUGGACAGACUAAUGAAGCAGAGAAUUCAGAAGCAUUUGAAGAGUUCUUUGAAUGGAAGAACGCUAGGUUGGAGAAAUUUAGUCGAAUUAGGAAAGUUACAGAUACUUCCUUACAAAAUCUUGUAUUAAAUUUCAGCAAGAUAAUUCAGAUUUUUGACAUAGAAUCAGCAAUAUUAAUGAAAUCCAAGGAUGUAGCAUUCAAUGUAGAUGAAGUUCUUAAGAAUGUCGAACAUGAUAUUUCACAAGAAUAUGACAUGUUUCUAACCGAGCUAGAUGAAAAAGACAAAAAAAUAAUCUUAAAUAUGUAUAGUAUGAUUAUGAGGAAGAUCCUUCAAGAACAAGAUCUCAUAAAUAAAGUGAAUCAAAAAUAUCUUGAAAGUUGUGAGUUCAGAAACCAGAUUGUGAAGUGGCUAGAUGUAACUCCUAAUAUUGAUGAUUUGUUACUGAUAAAGAAGAGAGUGAAAAACAUAAAGGCUCAGUUGAGGUGGAAAUUAGUAGAAAAAAACAACUUGGAAGAAUCUGAUAAUUACAGCAAGUCUGAAAUGGUGAAAAUAAGCGAAGAAAUCAGUGUUCUGCAGAAUAAUAUGUUUCAAGAAAUAUAUAACGAACAAGAAGAAUAUGAAAAGCUUAUUCAUCUAGUUCAAAAUGUUUUCCCUGAGCUGCCAUUCCUUCAUCCUGAAGCAGGAAUUUUGAAGUAUAUGAAAUCAGGAAGUUUGAUUGUCAGUUUAGAACAUAAUCUCUUAAAUGCUGAGCCAGUGAAGGAACUGAGCAUAAAACAUCCUAUAAUGUGCUCCACAGUUCAAGAACAAAAGUUUCUCCUGAAGGGAUAUAUUGCAGAUACGAAUACUGAAACUCAAAUAAUAGAAAGAGCAGUAAAGUAUCAUCAAGUUUGGAAAGAAUUAAAGGAGGAAUCUUGUUUAAUGCAACCAGUGUUCCUGUUUUUAUGCAAGUCUGAACCUAUAAUGUAUCUAAUGAUUCCAUACUAUGCUGGAGCAAACCUGGGCACACUGCAGAUGACUGCACCUUUAAUCGUACAAGAAACAUUAAAAGUAAUGAAAGGAGUGGCACGUGGUCUAUGUGUACUACACAAAGCUGAUAUAAUUCAUGGAUCGUUGCAUAAAAACAAUGUAUUUGCAUUGAACCGAGAACAGGGAAUUGUUGGAGAUUUUGAUUUCACCAAAUCUGAGAGCGAGCAUGCUUUGUCAGCUUCUAUGACUUUGAAUGGCUUAAACUUAAUUUCUCCUGAGCUAAGAAAGGGUCAGCCACCUUCUCCAGCUUCAGAUAUGUAUGCUUUUGGUUGUCUGCUUUACUGGCUAUUUAUUGGAAAGCAAGAAAUAAAAACAAACAGAGACGGAACUCCUCAAAUUGAUGGCCUUGCUAUGGAUGAUAAAAUUAAAUCUCUGCUGUCACAACUCCUUUGCUAUGAUAAUCGGAUGACUGCAGAACAGGUGUUGAAUGCCGACUGCUUCUUGUCACCUGAACUGAUUUCAGUUCCACUGGAAAGUGAAGGCACUGACUAUGACCAUGGAGAACAGAGAUCAGAAAAAGACGUGUCUGAUGAAAUGCUGGACAACAAGAGUGAAACUUCAUUAGAUAAAGAUUCAGAUGGGUAUAUGAUUGAUCAGAAUGCAAAUUCAAAAUAAAUAAGAUCAGGGUAACCUAUUGAUCCCAAAAUAGCCUUUUCAGCUUUAUGAUAGUUAAAACACCAGAAGAUAACAAAUGUAUUGUACCCUGAAAGGUUAUAUAAAUAUAUUUUAUGUUGUGGUAUUCUGUAUCUUUUAAACAAAUGUGAUAUAUAUCUAGUGCUUGACUUCAGUUAUAUGACUGUUAAAAAAUUUUUAAUUGACUGUCAAGUAUUCUUUCCAUUUCUAGAAUUGAAAAACCAUAGCAUAGGGAUCGAAGCUUCACAUGUUAUCUUAGAGAAUGCCAAAAUUAUAUUCUUUAACCUAAUCAGAACUAAUUAAAUUAGUUAAGAUCAGAGUAUCCAUAAAUUAAUAACUGGUGUUGUUUUGGACAUUAAAGUUGCUGAAUUAUUUGUAAUUCUAAUUUCUUGUGUUCAGUUGCAUGUCUGAUUUUAGAAUAACAAUA